GUUUUUAUAAAAAAAAUACAUUCAAUAAACCGUGGCGAUACAAUAAUCGUACUUGAAUAGCCUAAUUAUCCGAUGUUAUGGCAAAUCGAUUUUACCAGUGUGACAGCAUAAUGCCUCCCAUUCCCAUCGAACAUUAUUGAGUCGCGAGUGUUAGGUGAUAGUGGCCUGGCUGAAUACGCCGAAUUAUCAUUGCUUGAAAAAAAAAUUGAAAUCUUCGCGGGAAUUCUCAGCCUGCUUCAACUACGACAACGCAGGCAAAGGCGAUAAAGCAGCCGAAGCCAGCAAAAAGGACAUCAUGGACGGUGUAGCAUGGCACAGACCGAUGUCGGCGACCUCCCGCCAGGAGGAGGAGCUGAUGCAGCGCAGCGCCCGCGCGCUCGCCGCCGCCACCGACCCGCUGGAGAAGUUGCGUCUGCUGUGCCUCUCCAGGGGAGCCUCCGGCAUCAUGGGGCUGGCCAGGUUUUUCCGAAGAAUGGACGAUGACGGCAGCAAGCAGCUGAACAAGGAGGAGUUCAUGAACGGCAUGAAGGAAACUGGCCUGGAACUCAGCAACCAGGACGCUGAGGAACUGUUUAAGCGGUUCGAUACUGAUAACAGCGGCUCCAUCAGUCUCGACGAGUUCCUGGUUCACAUUCGUCCCCCUAUGUCGGACUCCCGGCGAGCCAUCGUGGAGCAGGCGUUCAAGAAGCUGGACAAGACUGGCGACGGCGUCAUCACUGUGGACGACAUCCGUGGCGUCUAUGCCGUCACUUCACACCCGAGGUACAUGAGUGGCGAAGAGACAGCCGACGUCGUGAUGAACAAAUUCCUUUCCAACUUCGAAAAGGAUGGAGUUGUUGAUGGAAAGGUGACCCUCGAAGAGUUCAUGAACUACUACAGCGGCAUCAGCGUGUCCAUCGACAACGACUGCUACUUCGACCUGAUGAUGCGUCAGGCCUACAAGCUGUAAACAAUCAAUAACCCCCUUUAGUUCUGAAUCCUCAUGCACAGUAAUAUCCUUGAGUUUGAGCCCAAGCCAAAUUGUUCCCUUUUGUGGAAGAAUAAGGCGCAAAUGGCUUGGGCUUGCUUUGCUAAGGUGGUAUUGUUUUGAGGAUCGACGAAUAUGGGGUAAAUCUUGUGACGGAACCAAUAAAGACCAAGGGCCAAAGAUAAUCUAUGAAUCUGGCAGCUGAUUUGAAAAAAAGUUAAAAAAAGACCUCAGUUUCCUCUAAAAGGGAUGGCAGCUUGAAUCUCUACCAAGUUGGGGUUUUGAGGAGUUUGCCUUUAAAGUAAAUGCUCAUUAGUUGUUCUGCCUCAAAUGUAAAUUAUUUUAGCCCAAAGUUUUUAAAACGUUUCGUCACUUCACCACUUUCUCCACUCACACCACACACCUCGGAGAAGACACAUCGGAUGGCGGAUACUCAAAGUGCACCAAAUAUCUAUGUUUCCUAUCGUUGAAUAAUAACAUAGUUUAUAUUUAAUUUAUUUAACUGUGUGCUAAUAUGUUAAUUUGAAUUAAAUGUUUAUUGGUGGUA